UUCACGGGAGAACGCGACAAACCAUCACUCGCAUACACUGUAGCCUAAUUCUCCCCGCUCACUGCGUCACAGAAGAGGUAAUGGGAGGCAUUUCGGUGUCUUUUUCCAAAGCCUGAACGCAUUCGACUACAUUACGAUGGUACAGUUUGGCAUUCUUCGUUUUUCUCUGCGCUUCUUCCCUACUUCAUGCCAAGGCGGUGAUUGCAGUGGAUGGGCAGAACGUGCCAGGCUUCGUUUCUAAUCCAGAAAGUGCCCGUCUGCUCGGGGAUCUGGCGCUAAGAAGAUGUAAGGACCGAAACAAGCCUUUUCCCCCCAAACCAGCAUCUUCUUCACAAAAAUGCAGAAGGGAAUUCGACUUAAUGAUGGUCAUGUCACCUACCUGGGUCUUUUGGCAAAGAAAGAUGGCACGAGGCGAGGCUGCUUAAGCAAAAAGAGCUCCGACAACACAAAAUGGCACACCAAGUGGUUUGCUCUGUUGCAAAAUAUGCUUUUUUAUUUUGAGAGCGAGUCCAGUUCGCGACCCUCGGGAUUAUACCUGUUGGAGGGAUGUGUGUGUGACAGGUCGCCCUCACCCAAACCUUCCCUGUCAGCCAAGGAGUGCUUAGAAAAACAGUAUUAUUUCACAGUCAUCUUCAACCAUGAGAAUCAGAAGGCUCUGGAGCUUCGUACAGAAGAUGUUAAGGACUGCGAUGAAUGGGUGGCAGCAAUAUCACAUGCCAGCUACAGAAACCUGGCUACCGAGCAUGAAACACUCAUGCAGAAGUACCUCCAUCUACUCCAAAUCGUGGAGACUGAGAAAACAGUUGCUAAGCAUCUUCGACAACAGAUAGAAGAUGGGGAGAUUGAGAUUGAACAGAUUGAACGAGAGCUAGUCAAAUUGUUUAAGAAAGCCCGGUAUGAAAAGGUUGGUUUCAGGUUCACCUGA